GGCGCGCGGGGCCCGCUGGGGGGAUGCGGGAGCGCGCGUGGUUCGAGGACGCGACGCGGGAGCGCGCCGGCCUCGCUGACAGACGGGAGCGCGCGCGGCUCUCUGUUGAGGCGCGGGAGCGCGCCGGCCCGCCUGAGGAGGAGCGGGAGCGCGCUGGCCUCCCUGACGGACGGGAGCGCGCCGACCCCACUUUAGAGACGCGGGGGCGCGUCCGCCUCGCUGACGGACGGGGGCGCGCUGAGGUGAUGCGGGAGCGCGCCGGCCUCGCUGACGGACGGGGGCGCGCGGGGCCCGCCGAAGGGGCGCGGGAGCGCGCAGGCCCGGCUAAAGAAGGGCGGGGGCGCGACGGCCCGGAUGAGGCGGAGAUGCGGGAGCGCGCCGGCCUGGACGAGGAGGAGCGGGGGCGCGCGGGCCCCGUUGAGGAGAUGAGGGAGCGCGCUGGCCGAGCCGAGGAGGAGUGCCCCCCUGAGCAGAGGAGGGAGCGCGCGUGGCUCGAGAAAGCGAUGCGGGAGCGCGCCGGCCUCGCUGACGGACGGGAACGCGCGUGGCCCGCUGAAGGGGCGCGGGAGCGCGCGUGGCCCGCUGAGGAGAUGCGGGAGCGCGCCGGCCUCGCUGACGGACGGGAGCGCGCGGGGCCCGCUGAAGAGGCGCGGGAGCGCGUGUGGCCCGCUGAGGCUAUGAGGGAGUGUGAGGAGGAAGAAGAAGAAGAAGCAGCGGAGCCCCCGGGGCGGGUGGGCCCGGAUCGUCUGGGGCGGCGGUUCCGCGCGUUCCGUUACCGGGCGUCUCUGGGCCCGCGGGCGGCCUUCGCGCGUCUCCGCCGCCUGUCGCGCCAGUGGCUGCGGCCCGACGUGCGCACCAAGGAGCAGAUCCUGGAGAUGGUCGUCCGAGAACAGCUCCUGCACAUCCUGCCCCCGCAUCUCGCCGCCAGCGCCGCCAACAAUGCCACACGGCGACCCGACGCCAGGAUCACCGGCUGACCCCGGUUCCCCCACGGCGACCUCCGACCUCCGACCCCGACGGCAGCAUCACCGGCUGACCCCCGUUCCCCCACGACUUCUGACCUCCGACCCCGACGGCAGGAUCACCGACCGACCCAGGAUUACCGGCUGACCCCCGUUCCCCCACAACGACCCCCGACCCCGACGUCGGGAUCACCGACCGACCCCUCCCAACGACCUCCGACCCCAGGAUCACCGGCUGACCCCCGUUCCCCCACAACGACCCCCGACCCCGACGGCAGGAUCAC